GGUAUAAAUAAUGGCACAAACCAUAAAGGCCUAAAUCACACAAGCAAGCUCGAUCCAAGAGUAACAGAGGCAGACACCGAUCCAUUCCAAACACAUUCCACUAGCGAUUUCGCAUCGAUACAUCACCAUGUCCUUCGUUUCCAAGGCCAACAACGGAGAGCAACCGCAGCUGGUCUGCGUGACCGGAGCAGGCGGCUUCAUCGGCUCGUGGGUGGUGCGGGAGCUCCUCCUCCGCGGCUACCGUGUCAGGGGAACCGCAAGGGACCCUGCGGAUAGCAAGAACGCGCACUUGCUUGCGUUGGAGGGGGCCGAGGAGAGGCUAUCCCUGUGCCGCGCUGAUGUCCUGGACUACGAAUCUCUCCGCGCCGCGUUCAGCGGCUGCCAUGGCGUCUUCCACGUCGCCUCCCCGGUGUCCAACGACCCUGAGCUCGUGCCGGUGGCCGUGGAGGGCACCAGGAACGUGAUCAACGCCGCGGCGGACGAGGGCGUGCGCCGGGUGGUGUUCACCUCCUCCUACGGCGCGGUGCACAUGGACCCCAACCGGAGCCCCGACGCCGUACUCGACGAGAACUGCUGGAGCGACUACGAAUUCUGCAAAAAAACAGAUAACUUGUACUGCUGCGCCAAGAUGAUGGCCGAGAUCACGGCGACGGAGGAGGCGGCGAAGCGGGGGCUGCAGCUGGCGGUGGUGGUGCCGUGCAUGACCAUGGGCCCGAUGCUGCAGCAGACGCUCAACUUCAGCUGCAACCACGUCGCCCGCUACCUCAUGGGCACCAAGAAGUCGUACCCCAACGCCGUCGCCGCGUACGUGGACGUCCGCGACGUCGCGCGCGCGCACGUGCUGGCCUACGAGCGACCGGGCGCGCGCGGCCGCUACCUCUGCAUCGGCACCGUGCUGCACCGCGCACAGCUCAUCGGCAUGCUCAGGGAGCUCUUCCCGCAGUAUCCCAUCACAGCCAAGUGUGAAGACGACGGCAAGCCAAUGGCGAAGCCGUACAAGUUCUCCAGCCAGAGGCUCAAGGACUUGGGCUUGGAGUUCACUCCCUUGAGGAAAAGUUUGUACGAAGCAGUGAUCUGCAUGCAGCAGAAGGGGCACCUGCCUGUCCUCGCACAAUCGCGCGCAUACUUAUGAAGAUACACAUAGAAUCUCCUCUUGCGAAAAAAAACAUUCGUGUUUCCCAGACAAAUAGACAGACAUGUCAGAAAAAAUGUCACAAGGAGCUUGGAAAUUCAGUGUGUAAUUUUUCAUUUAAACAAGUGUACGAAGCAUUCUUAUUUUAUAUUAUACAUGUAUGUAAUACUGUUAUGUGAUGAAUAAAAAAGUUCUUGCAGAUGAAUGGAGGAAAAAAGACUGAAAAUAUU